AAAAUUAAAUCAAAAUCAAGUGGGGAAAGGAGUACGAAAGAAGACAAAGGGUAAAACAGUAAUAUCAAUUACUCUAAAGAAAACCCUUGCGAAUUGCAGCUUCUCAUAGGCCAUACAUAGGACCGCUUUUGCAUUGCGUCUCUUCCGGAGUUCCCUGACUUCAAUGGCACAAGAAGGCGAAGUUCCCAGAACCCCCAUCCCACAGUCCGAAGCCCCAGCUCCAUCUGAGCCUACUUCGAUGAAGCGCCCUCGCGACGACGAUGGCGGCGUCAUCGCCUCGGCAACCGGAGAAGUAGCCGACGAUCACCGGUCGCCAAAGCGGCGGGCCAAGAACCAGGAUGUGUUGUUCCGGAUAGUGGUUCCUUCAAGACAGAUCGGGAAGGUUAUCGGUAAAGAAGGAUCGAGAAUCCAGAAGAUUCGAGAAGAGACCAAGGCCACUAUCAAAAUCGCCGAUGCUAUUGCUCGUCAUGAAGAGCGUGUGAUUAUAAUAAGUUCUAAAGACAGUGAAAAUGUUAUUUCUGAUGCAGAGAAUGCACUCCUGCAAGUAGCCAGUUUAAUCCUGAAGGAAGAUGAUAGCAAUACAGAUGCUUUAAAAGUUGGUGUUGGACAUGUGGUAGCCAAUGCAAUAAGACUUCUGAUUGCUGGGUCUCAAGCAGGUUGUUUGAUAGGGAUGUCUGGACAAAACAUUGAAAAACUGAGGAAUUCCUCUGGUGCCACAAUCACAAUUCUACCUCAAAAUCAGUUGCCUUUGUGUGCAUCUGCUCAUGACUCUGAUCGCAUGGUACAGAUAUCUGGUGAUGUGCCUGCUGUACUGAAGGCUCUGGAGGAGAUUGGUUGUCAGCUAAGGGAAAACCCACCCAGACAAGUGAUUUCCAUCAGCCCGAUAUACAAUCCUAACACAAAUCGAACAAGUCAACAAUACUUGGAUCCAGCUUCAGCUGAUUAUGUAACCUUGAACAUGAUGAUUCCGGAAACAUUGGUUGGUGGGUUGAUCGGCAGAUGUGGCUCCAACAUAUCAAGGAUCAGAAAUGAGUCCGGAGCGAUGAUCAAGGUUUACGGUGGGAAAGGUGAACAAAACCAUAGGCAAAUCCAAUUUGGUGGCAGUGCUCAGCAGGUAGCUUUGGCAAAGCAGAGGGUGGAUGAAUACAUAUAUUCUCAGCUGAUGCAACAAGCUGGUGCUCAACAUUCAGUGAGUGAACGCGAUGGUGUUGAAGUUGUUAGAAAUCCAAAGAAGCCUAUCGGAACUUGGAUACAUUACUAUUAUUCUACCACAAGCAUAUAUCAUUCAAAGAGAAAUUUCUACCACUAUAUACUCGACCUUCUCCUCGAAUUACUGCUUGGGGAGAUGAUGAAGUACUAGACAUGAAACGAAAAUUGAAAAAACUUGGUGGAUAUGCAAAUGACAAUGUCAAAAUAUGGGUGAUACAAAAUGAGAUAAGAGAUUGUGUUGAUGGAAAUGCGAUGACAAUGGAGGGGGAAAAUGAGGAAGAUGAGAAAUUUGAAAUCAAUCCAAACAAAGAUGUUAUUAAACAAUUAAGUUUUACAAUAUUCAUCGUGAGUAUCAAUAUUAGUAGUGAACCUUUGUAUUAUCAUGUUAUUAAUCAAGUUCCUAUAUAUCACUAGGUUGAUGGUGGAAGCUUAAUGGAGAUGGAUAAAACCUUUCAAUAAUUAAAGACACAUCUAAUUGAUUUGUGUCAUGGUGCAAGUAGUAGUAGUUGUGAAAAAAGUUGACUGAAUUUGAGGAGAAAUAUACUACAUUGAAAGGUCUCUUCCUUGGGUCAAGCGAAAAAUCUUUGAGAAUGCACGAGGAGGGAACGAAGAAUGACAUUCUCUUAUGUGAGAGAAGUUUGGAAGAUAAGGAUAAUAAGAAAGGAAAUGAACAUUAUUUUCACACUUUGUCAAUUGAGAAGUUAUGCAUUGAGGACUUGAAUGGAAAGAAUGAAGAUGCAUGUGCUACAUCAAUUGAAAUGCAUAUCAUUUCGGAUGAAAAUGUAGAUAUUUUACCACUUCCAAUCAAAAGGAGUAGAAGAGAUUAUGGAAAUGAACCAUUCCAAGCACUAUGUGGUUAUCCCGAGCAUGUCAUGAAAACACGUACAUCAAGGGAGAGGAAACCAAGUAAAUUCAAGGUCUCCCCGUUUGUACACAAUUUAAGGAAGAUGGGAAAACGUCAAGUAUCAGAGUCAAUCCCCAUGUCCAUUCAUGAAGACGUCGUGGAUGCUCAAUCAUUCAAUGUACUUCAAUCUUUUGUUGCUGAUUAUGUUUUCAAUAAAGCAUUGUCAAAAAGGUUUGUAGUGUCUAGAACAUUCAUAGAUGUGUUGUUACAAUUUUAGCCUUCAUAUGGUUCCAAUUUAGUCAAGAAUGUUUUAACAUAUUAUUAUUUUAAUGAGCUUCUUGUUGACUUUGAUCAUGAACAUGGAGUUCGUGGAGAUUUUGAGUGCUUACAUCCUAAACAAAAUUUGAUGGAUGUUGUAAUAAAUCUAGAAGCAUCAAAACUAAAUUAUUUUGAGAGGCAAUUCAUAAGCAUACAAAGUAUAAGAUGCUAUCUUCCCAUGACAUUUUCAAAAAGCAUCCAUCGUGAGUACAUUAGCGAAUUGGAUGAUUGCGAGAAGUUAUUUAUUCCAAUGCAUGACAAUUGCCCCGGUCAUUGGUAUCUAUGCAUCAUUGACUUUAAAAACUCUCAUAUCCAAAUUUUGGAUUCAUUGCGAUCAAAGAGACGGGAUAAGUUCCGGUUUAAGAGUGUCAAAACAGUGGUUGAAUUUUGUCAAACGUUCUUCAAACUGUAUGACAUAGGGAAAUAUAUCUUCCAAUUCUCCAUUGAUUGGGCUUCUUCGAUUCCGACCCAAGAUAAUGGGUGGGACUGUGGAGUGCGUGUCAUUAAACAUAUGCAGACAUUCAAAAAUGGUAAUUCGAUGACGGCCUCUGACUUAUGUAAUUCUGUUAAAAUACGUCGGGAAAUAGCAAGUGAUUUAGUUUUACAUGAGGGAAACAGAGAAAAAUAAACCAUUGUGGCUAUUGUUUGUACAAAGAUGUCCACACAAGCAAUGAAAAAAUUAUUAUUAUGAUAUUUGUUGUUUUUCUAAUAUUUAUCAUUUCCA